AUGCGAGCGUGGGUCCUACUCUCCGCGGUGCUCUGGUACCUCACUGGAGUUGGAUGGCAGCGUUCUUCUGAACGCACCGGGAAAGGCUUCAUUUAUGGCAGACCCGGACACCCAGUGAAAAUAUAUGUAAAAUUACAUCACAAUAGCCCAAUCCUUGCCUGUAUGGAUUUUAGACGUGCUAAAAAAGAAACAGUGGACCCCACCUACUUAUGGAUUGGGCCUAAUGAAAAGCCAUUAACAGUAAAUGAUCGAAUAAAUAUAACUAAAACAGGAAAGCUGAAGGUGAAAGAUUUUCUGGAGGCUUUGUCUGGACUUUACACGUGUACUCUUUCUUAUAAGACUGUCAGAGCAGAAACCCAAGAAGAAAGUAUAGUAAAGCAAAGAUAUGACUUUCUGAUCUUUGCCUAUCGGGAACCUGAUUAUUCAUAUCAGAUGGCUGUACGUUUUACCACAAAGUCUUGUGAAGGAAGAUAUAAUGACCUGCUUUUUAGAGUGCUGAAGAAAAUCUUGGAUAACUUAAUCUCUGAUUUGUCAUGCCAUAUCAUAGAACCAUCAUAUAAAUGCCAUUUUGUUAAAAUUCCAAAACAUGGCCUCCUACAUGAGCUAUUUAUAGCUUUUCAAGUCAAUCCUUUUGCACCAGGGUGGAAAGGUGCAUGCAAGGAUUCUGUUGAUUGUGAAGAUACCACUAAUCAUAAUAUCCUCCAGGCAAGAGAUCGGAUAGAAGAAUUUUUCCGAAGCCAAGCAUACAUUUACUACCAUGACUUUAAUAAAACUAUACCUGCUAUGCACUUUGUGGACCACAGUUUUCAAGUAGUACGUUUGGAUAGCUGUCGUCCAGGCUUUGGAAAAAAUGAUGGUCUACACAGUAAUUGCGCUAGCUGUUGCGUGGUUUGUAGUCCUGGGACUUUUAGUCCUGAUGUUGAUGUUACUUGUCAGAACUGCGUUUCCGUCCGUAUUUAUGGAGCUAAAUCUUGUGCAUAA